AUGCAAAAUGCGUCGGUCUCGGUGACGGAUGUAAUAGCUUCACUUCAUGAGUUAAGACACGCAAAUUCUAUUGCUCUGAGCACAUACAAGGACUUCCAAGCUCCAAAGACGAGUGAUACUGUCCUACACAUCGCAGCAAGCGUAGGUGUCCCUGAGGCGAUUUUCUUCGCACAUUCCCUCGGUCUAGACGUCAAUGUACGCAAUAGGGCCGGAGAAACACCCUUGCAUCUGGCAGUGGUAGAGGAUAAUUUGGAAGUUGUAGAUGCUUUGCUUGAGAAUGGAGCAGAUGUCAAUUGCAGAACAGAGAGUGGACAGACUGCUCUGCAUUAUGCUGUCAUCUUUAAUGCCCGUGAGAGUCUGAACAGGGUUGUCUAUAGAGGCGGAGUUGACUUUUUGAUCCAAGACUCUGUUGGCUGGACAGCUCUCCACUACUCGGCGGUGAAUGCAGACCUUGAUGUGAUGCAGCUUCUGCUCAGCAUGGAGCCAAGGCUCUUGGAGACGGUGUCUGCUAUGGGGGUGUCUAUCCUGCAUCUUCUUUCUCUAUCUAAUUCACCGAUAAUAUGUCAGAAUGGGGCGCCGAAUGUAACAUAUACUGUCUCAUUCCUCUAUGAUUCUAAAAGGAAGCACGUAUGUGAUCAUGUGUCCAAACAGGACCUUCCGGUUGAUGAUUCCUCCAUGGCUGAAGUAAAAAGGGCUCUCAGCACUAUUCCUGCUAACAUGGGUCUCGUUACAAGAUCGUCCACUGUCGCAAUAGAAUAUUCGUCUGAUCUUUUUGUCACAAACGAAAACUACGAGCGGUGUAUUCGUUGGCUUCUCAUGGACUUUGUGCCUACGUUGGCAGAAAAAGAUAUCAACGUAGAUGCCUUAUUUAGAUGCGACUUAUUGGGGCGAACGCCUCUCCAUUAUGCUGCCUUCAUGGGGAGCUACAGGUCCCUUUAUACCAUUGUUUCGUACGUCCAUGUGCGGGUCAAGCAGUGUUACCAGGCAGGCACAGCUGGCUCGUGCCUCUCCACAAUGAAGUGGUCUUCUGCAAAUGGGGGCGCAGUACUUUGUGGGGUUUCUCCGUUCUUGGCUGUAGAAGGUGGAGUUGGGUUUCAUUACUUUGCACACCCAGACAACGCUGGCUUGGGCCCACUUCAAUUAGCAUGCAUGAGUGGCGUGGCUGCAUCCAAGAUUAAGCUCCUCUCUACUGUUUGUGAUGUCACUGCGUACACACAGGCCCUUGGGAAUACCCUCCACUGUGCCAUUCGCAGUGGGUCGCUUCACACAGUUUCAGAACUGGUGGGAGCCGUUUCACGAAUGCUGUUACUAAAGAGUAGUGGAGAUCAGAGCACAUUUCUCCUGGACUUUCUUACUGAGAAGGAUUACAACGGUGUGACCUCUUUUGCGAUGAUAUUCAAAGGGAAUCGUACCAUUCACCAAGUACACGCACUCAUCACGGAAUACAACAAGCUCGUCUUACUUCUUGACUCGCAAUCGCUUCUGCUCUUUUUGCUUCAGGUGAGUCCUCUUCGCUCAUUGAUUAAGGCCACUGGUUCCGCCUCACGAAUGGCAUUGCUUGCCCGUUCGGAUAGUAGUGAAAGUGAUGAAGCCAUUAUCGAGGAAAUCUUUUCAAUGGUCUUCAACUGGUAUGAUGGUAUUCCAAUCGAUAUAUACUGUUUGCUGUUUCCCACAGGGGUCUUUCAAAUCACCCCAGAUGAGCAUCUUACCACCCAGGAUGCCUAUUCAAUACUAAAGGAUUUUUCUGCACGUGCAAAUCCUAAUGAGGUUAUUGCCACGUCCUUGGAAUCUGUUGCUGUUGUGCAUUUGCGUGAGUGGAAGCAGACUACUCUGAAUAUGAUGGCAAAGGACAAGAGUCAGCUCGUUUCCGCCAUUAGCAAGGACAGAACUAUUUACUCUGCCAUUCUGCAAAUACUGAAGUCCUACGGUUGCUUGAUCAUGAGACCAGUUAAGCAGGUUUGCACCAACAAAGACAUGGCUGCUCCACAACCUCUCGUAGAGGAUCCUCCAAAUGCUGUAAAGGCCAUAGAGGAUCAGUAUGCCUCUAUCUUAUCAGUAUUGCAAGACUAUCCCAAACAAGCUAACAUAUCUAAGAACCUUACAUACGAGACCUCUGAGCAGACACUGACCUCGCACUACUUUCUAGAUGAGUAUGCCAAAGUUUACAAUGCUGUGUUAGAGGCACCUCCGUUACUUACUGUUAUUGUAGACGCCGUAAUUUAUAAUAACAAGAUUGCCCUUAUGCUGCUUUUAUCAAACAUAGCUCGAGAAGAAGUUCUUUCUAGAAUAGGGGCUAAGUAUGGAAAUAGCAGAAUUGCAGCCUCACUAGAAAGCUAUCUUAGCUUAGUGCGCAACGGAUCUGCUUGUGACUCUUGCGACAGCAGCGUGUGGAGCCUGCUCUCCGAAGGGCCAAAUGUGGCAGACGAAGGGAUAGUGUCAAAACUAUUUUCAGAUCUUCAUCUGAGUUUCGAGACCCUUUGGAGAGCAGAGCUGAUUAUGAAUGCCGUGAUUGUAUCCAUAUUUACUAAUAACUACGGAAUAUUUUGCAUUUUAUGUAGCCUUAUGCCCGCAACCCAUUACCGCUGUGAUGUUUUGCUCUUUUUGCUGGGAACAUUAGCGCUUGCACAAUUUGAGAAUUCAUCAAAGCAUGAGUCUGCUGUCAAUGACAAGUACAAACGGCUCCAAAAAAGUGUUUACCGAUAUAUUGAAUUUAUCCUAGACCAUCUGGCAUCUGUGCCAGCAGCUAGAAUCGCUAUAGCGCAAACCACUAUUAUUGCUGGCUCAACUAACAUUUUGAAGGACUUAUCUACAUUCUCGAGCUCUUCAACAUCCUUGGAUGAUUGCGGCUUAAAGGGGGCCGUUCGAAGCAUACUGCCAUUAAUUGUCACUGUACAAGAACGGCUUAUAGGGAAAAAGCCAGAAACUCCUACGCUUUCUCACACACCGAAGCGUUUGGGCUUGAAUACUAGCUCGAGCCCUAGACAAAUCCCAUUUCUUGCGCUACUCAUCAUCCGCGGACAAGACUUCGGACAGGGACUCCUGAAGUAUGUGCUGGCGUUUACACAACUAGGUAUCUCAUACGCACCUGACAUAGAGGAGCCUAGCAAGGCAAGGAAAGGUACGUCUGCCUGGCAUUACUUCUCCAGCGAAUCUUACAAUCCUCUGAGCAGAUCGGAACCUCUCUAUCCUGUGCCAGAGCUUUUUAGGCGUGCAACAAAGAAUCUUGUGACAACAUAUGGUAUUGGGCAGCACCUAUCUAAUAACUUAAGCAUAUACGCAUCGGCCAAAGCCUUGCAACUUCGAGUCAGGGACCGGAGCUUUAUGAUGCGAAUGGACGAAGUUACCAAACAAGCUAGGAAGGUCAAGACCAUGAAACUGUUUGAGGGCCACAAGUACAACCGCCACGUAAUUAAUGGAGAGCCUCCUAAUCCACCUCCAGCAUUUGGAUCAAGCAUGGUAGACGUAGAGUCUGUGGAGGAGAUGGUUCUUUCUACUUCAAAUGACUCGGCGCGUAUCUAUGAGGAUGGAACAGCGAACAUAGCGUCAAUAUGUUUUGCCAUCACUACGGCUGUUAUAGCGUGGACAGCCUCCCUGCGGUACAAACUAGAAUUCAUAUAUGAGCGCAUAUCCAAAAUAUCGCGAGUUCUUGGUGGAUGCUCUAUAGAGUUUUCUUAUGACGAUAUAAAAAUCAUUCAACUUCUCUGCUUAAUACGCUUGGAGACCAUUGGCCACAUCUCGGCAGGCACUGUAGCAGAUGAGGACGAGCACAACCUAACACCCUUUGAACUAGCAGUUAGAUGUGGGUCUCCGACAAGCUUCCUCUUGCUUAUGCUUUACGGGUGCUGCUUUAACGCUCAAUCGGAGGAACCUCCUUCCUUGAAUCCUUUCACUUCUAAGGUAGCUAAGAUAGAAGCGCAACUCAUAAAACGAAUUGAAGCUGCGGGUAGCAGUGCGUCUCCUGCAGCUACAAUAAAUGCACUCCAUAUGCUUCUAACAGUCUCUGUGUUCAAUCCAUCACUUAUCAAUCUAUUGACCAACUUCAAGGUUGAUAAUACAGGCACUAGCAUGUUCACAUCUGCACAUGUCCACAUUAUACAGACUCUUCUGGAACAGUCCCCCUUGAAGCUCCAGCUCGUCGUUGACCCAAAUCCCAUAGACAACCUAGUUCGUUGCUAUUUUGUUAGCACAAAGGCGUCAAGCAUGCAUCGCAUAGUUACCAACAAAACUGUGAAGGAUGUGGUUCGUGAAUGGAGUCUCCUGCGCCAUGCAGGCGUAGGGUCUCUCUGUCAUGUGUGUAAUCAGGAGAGCAAUAUAAUCGAGCGCUUCAUCGGUGGAGCUCAGCCAUGUAUCUGUUGCGAACGUGUUAUGUGCGCACAGUGUGGAGUUUAUCUAGGAAAGAUACAGAAACGUCCCUGUAUGGUUUGUGCUUCGUGUUAUAUACACAGGGUGUGUCAGUGCCUGCUAAACUUUCAGACUAAUUGCUUAAAAGGCAUUGCAACCUAA